CCCUCAUCCUCAACAAAUUCAUUUAAAAAGUGCAAAAACCAGGGACCUUCACCAGUCUCCCAACUCUUGCCAUGGGUUGUUCAGCUGGAUUGGGGUGGUUCAUUCUCCUUGUAGCAGUUGUUAACAUUGAGGCACAAAAUAAGCACCCAAUAAAAAUCAACUCUAAAUGCCUUGAAAACUUGCUGCGUGUGGAUGUCAGUCGACUUGGAGGAAGUUUUCUUGAAGUGUCCGCUGUCAUUAAUAACUCUUCAAUCAUCCUCACGCCAAGUCUAUCUUCUCAGUGUGGCUUCACCAUCAAGGAAGACCACCUGGGAAAUGCUGUGAUUUAUGCCUCCGUCCAAAACUGUUUUGCUCAAAAUGUGGAUGUUAAAGCAUUCACAACAAAACUAGGUCUGCGGCUACAAUCUGACAAUGUGGUUGAAGACGAGUUUCACCUGGUGGAAGAAACUUGCUACUACUCUCCCUGCGCCUCCCGGGAAAUUAUCUGUAAACCCAACUACAUGGAGGUGUCUGUGAAAAAAGCAGCUCCAAAUGAAUAUAACCUGCCUGCAUACCCCGACUCGGAUCCCCGAAAAGCUGCUGAGCAACCCAUGGACGCAAGCUUCAGAAUCAACACAGUGGUGUUCUUCACUCCUGAGGAGAGGGUCAUGCAGGCGGACGAAGCCCAGAUAAAUGGUUAUGGGAUCUCAAGCACUCCUACCAGGCUGUUGCUGCGAAGCCCAAAUCCUUCACGUGAAACAUACAUCAAAGAUGUAGCAGGUGUGCCGAUGACUGUGCUCAGCACCUCGAUUAUAUUUGAGAAGACGAAGCUGACUACUCCACUUUAUGCACGAGCCGCUUGUCCUCAAGCUCAGGGUGGGGUUUUCUUUACUGAAACCUCAAUCCGCUGGUUCCUGCCGAGGCGCAUUGACCCUCUGAUUUACUCGAAACACUUCAGACUGUUGGAGGUGAACAUGGGCGUCGAUGGGAGGAAGCUCGAAGCUACAGAGAUUUCGGCCAGAAACUAUUCCCUGACUCUCGAUGACCUUUACGUCAUUGUUGAAAUCCCUAUUGGGGCUGCUGGUUGCCAGAUCAAGAGUCAUGCCCAGGAUGGUCAGUACUUUACUUCUUAUAUGAUUGAGCUGAUGCUCGAGUUGCUCUGGACUGAAGACGACACUAAUGAGGACACGAGAUACAAAGUCUUCCUCCCCGUCGAGACCCCCCUGCAGCUUCAACCUCCACAAGUCAUUGACGCCACUGUUCCCAAGGAGAUGAUGUUUAAGGCGUUGAUUGGGCCGGUGGGCUUUGAUGUAACGCUAAAGAACAUCAGCUCCCCCUCUGAGGUUUUGUCCUUGGCCGACUGCAUUGCCAGAGGCUUUAAAGUCUUUGACCAAAUGUCCCCCAACGGCUUCUCAAAGGUCUAUACUGUUGAAGUGCCCUUCACGGACCGUGUCGUAGGACAAAGGAAAGAAAUGGGGGUUACAAUUUACACUCUUAAUCUGACCUUUGGCUUCCUGGUCCUGCCAAAGCAUGCUCCAUUUACUGCCACUGCUUAUCUGAGAGCUAAACUGGAAGACAUAGCUCGUCCCUCUGUAGCUCCUCCCUCUGUAGCUCCUCCCUCUGCAGCUCCUCCCUCUGCAGCUCUUCCCUCUGUCUCAGGUAGCUGUGAUGAUAAGAAUUUCCAUGUCCUCGUGAAAUACGGGACCAAAGGAUUAAACUUUCAGACCAUAAUGGGAAAACGAAUGCUGACCUGGAGCCUGGCUCAGCAGUACAGCUUAAUGGGCAACAACACACAUUUCAGUUUGAUUGUACCAUCUGCUGCAGCUGAUGCUACGGUCGAGGCUGUUGAGGAGUCAUCCAUCAAGAGCAGACUGGAUGUGACUCUGAGAUAUCCGAAGACCAACACAAAUAUCAAAGACUUCUCCUUGACUUGCAACUUCGUCACAAAGCUGAUUGAGUGUUUCCCUAAUGGGACCAUCACGGCUCUGGCUAUAACCAUGGAGUCUGUUCCCAGUCUGAACCCCCGACGGCUCACCCUCAGAAACCCCGCCUGUGGCCCCACAUACAGCAACGACCAGUACGCUUAUUUUGUCUUCACUGCAAACUCCUGUGGGACGACCAGAAAGUUUUUGCCCAAUAUGAUGCUGUAUGAGAAUGAAAUCUCCAUCACAGAUGAACUUGAAUUGAGAAAGCUGUCACAGUCGAAGGAGCCGGAUUUUGUGCUUCAGGUGUUCUGUUACUAUGAUAUCAACACAAACCAGGCUAUGGGCUUCAACACCCGACCUCGCAGGAGUGAACCGUACGCUGACGAUGCAAGAGGCGAGAUGCAGGUUGAAAUGAGAGUUGCUUUGGACGACUCCUACAGUGUGUUUCAGCGCGUUGAGGAUGAUCCCAUCACAAAGUUCCAACAGCCGCUGUAUUUCGAGGUGGAACUGAUGGGAUCUUACAACCCUAAAGUAUCUCUUGAGCUGGCGUACUGCUGGGCGACGCUGGAGGAGGACAAGAUGACCCUCCCUCGAUGGGACCUCAUCGUUAAUGGUUGUGCAAACUCAAGGGACCCGCACCCAGUGAUCUUCCACUCUGUUUUGCCUAAGGGCAGAGUUCAUUAUCCUUCCAACUUCAAGCGGUUUGAGGUCCCGAUGUUUGCCUUCGUCGAAGACAAGGAUAACUUGAACCGCCAGGUCUUUGUCCACUGUGAGGUGGUAAUCUGUGAUGUUAGAAAUCCAGUGGAUGCAGCUUGUAAUGUGCAGUGUUCAGACCAGGACAACACGAUGAAGGGUCAAAAUCGUGACGUUUCAGAUGACCCUGGUUUCAAACACGUAACUUCAGGACCAAUCAUUAUAAUGAGCUCUUAAACAAAGUCCUAAUAAAAUAUUUUUAAAUAAUUCACA